AUGGAUAAACGACCUUCGAGGAUGAGAAUGGAUACCAGUAAAGUGGAUAUGAGGCAUCGUUCCCACUCACCAUCCUUCUACCCACACCAUAGGCCAAACCAAAGCGGAGCCAACAAACAACAACACGGUGGAUUCCACAAUCAAAAUGAAGCCCACCCUCUCCACGAAUUCCCAGACUACUAUGACAAUGCUUUCCCCCAGCGCACCCAUCACCAGACCAGGAGCCAUGUCGCUACAACACCUCACUAUGGUGGUGGACCCCAAAGGGGCUCUAUCCCCCGUGCUGAGCCUCACCCUCGUGGCGGGUCCCGCGGUGGGACUCAGCCCCACAGUGAGCUGCACCGCCAUGCCGCGUCCCGCGGUGGAGCUCAGCCCCACAGCGAGCUGCACCGCCAUGCCGCCACCCGUGGAACAGCUCAGCCACAUGCUGGAACUUAUCACAACGAGCCCUAUCACCCUGGCAGACAACACCCGCAAGGUGGACAUCCCUAUCAGGGGACCCAAAGACAGAGUGAUUCCUUAUCCCACACCUCUGUUGGGUCGUACACCCAAAGGGAUGCUCCUCACGGGAAAUUUCCCUAUGGUGGUAUGCAGCACCGCCACGGCGAACCCCAUCAACAGGCUCACCACCACGGCCGACCCCACAUCCCGUACAGAGGGCAGACUCACAUGAGAGACCCCUACAGAGGCUUUCAGGACUCCUACCAAGGAAGACACCAGCUCCAGGGUGUUCCCUCUCAAUCCAGCUACUUCCAACACAGAGAGUAUGGCCCCCGUCACUCUCAGAGCGGCUCCCAGAUCCCCAGCACAUACAUGUCUCACUCCACAAUACAAAUGUCCCAUUCUCAUCUGGGAACCAGAAGCUCAGGCUUCAGUAUGGCUCGGUCCCACCUGACCUCCCGAUCUCGUGUCUCCAGUAAAAUUCAUCCCAAGGAGGACUCUUGGAGUGAUGAUGAGCAAAUUCAGAAGCGCAAGAAGACCCAGAGGACCCACAAAAAGCUACACUCUGGGAAUAUUUUCCAAUUGAUUUUGGACAAAAUAAACACCCUCAUUUGGGGUCUCCGGGAAAUGAUGAUGUCGCUGACCCAAUCCCUGGCCUUUGAGACCUUCAUCUUCCUUGUGGUUUGCCUCAACUCAGUCAUCCUUGUGGCCCAGACCUUCACUGAGCUGGAGAUUCGAGGUGAAUGGUACUUCAUGGUCUUGGACUCCAUCUUCCUCGCCAUCUACGUGGUCGAAGCCUUGCUCAAGCUGAUUGCCCUGGGUGUGGAGUAUUUUUAUGACCCAUGGAACAAUCUGGACUUCUUCAUCAUGGUCAUGGCAGUGUUGGACUUUGUGCUCCUCCAGAUCAACUCCCUCUCCUAUUCGUUCUACAACCACAGCCUGUUCCGGAUUCUCAAAGUCUUCAAGAGCAUGAGGGCCCUGAGGGCUAUCCGGGUCCUUCGGAGGCUCAGCAUCCUCACCAGCCUCCACGAAGUGACCGGGACUCUGAGUGGUUCUCUGCCAUCCAUCACAGCCAUUCUAACCCUCAUGUUCACCUGCAUCUUCCUUUUCUCUGUGGUGCUCCGGGCACUGUUCCGGAAAUCAGACCCCAAGCGCUUCCAGAACAUCUUUACCACCCUCUUCACCCUCUUCACCAUGCUCACCUUGGAUGACUGGUCUAUCAUCUACAUGGACAGCAGGGCACAGGGGGCCUGGUACAUCAUCCCCAUCCUCAUGAUUUACAUCAUUAUCCAGUACUUCAUCUUCCUCAACCUGGUGAUUGCUGUCCUGGUAGAUAACUUCCAGAUGGCACUGCUCAGAGGUUUGGAGAAAGUGAAGAUGGAGAAAGCUGCCCGGGUCCAUGAGAAGUUGCUGGACGACUCUCUGACAGAGCUGACCCAAGCAGACACUGAUGCCCAAAUGAGCGAGAGUGCUUUGCAAAUGCAGUUUAUUGACAGAAUGUUUGGCAACAUGACAGAGAGGCAGCGGGGACUCCACUUCCAGUUCCUGCAGUUGGUGGCAGCGGUGGAACUCCAUCAGCAGAAGUUUCGUUCCCAAGCAUCUGUCAUCGAUGAAAUUGUGGACACUGCAUUUGAGGCUGGAGAAGAUGAUUAUGGGAAGUGACCCUGAAGAAUCCCACUGUAUUGACUCUAGCCGCUGGCGAGCUGCCUGCCUGGGUGCGUUGGGACAAGUCCCUAACUCUGCUGGCAUUGUUAUCCAGAACGAUGCUGGACUGAGGUCCCAACAGAGUUUUAGAAACCC